AUCGCCAUUUUGUGGAACUUGCGCUUUUUUUCGCGCUUUGACCCCUCAUCCAUCUGGAGGCACUGCUCGUAGCAAGUCAGAGAGCAACCUCGAUUCGAGGUUGAGUCCUGAAGAACGGAAAAGUGGACUCCGUUAUUCUUGCUAGCGGAUGGCCAUGAACGGUCUCGUGAGUUACGAAUCGGCCAGUGAAGAGGAUGAGCCCACACAUCCCGACAUCACGCCCACGCCCACGCCCACGCCGACUGAGCCAGUGUGGAAAGAGUGCGUGGAUGCCACCUCGGGUCAUUCCUAUUACUGGCACACGCAAACCAAUCAGGUCUCCUGGAUCCAACCCGCGGCAUUCAUUCCCAAGGUCAAAAAGGCUGUGGUCACUGCUCAGGCCGCCGGUCAUAGCUCAUUGAAGGCCGUGCCACCCACAGUGCCCUCCUCCACCCAUCAGCCGGUUUUGGCUUCUAAGGGCCGGACGGGCUCGAGCGGAUCUCGGGCCAAAAAAGGCGGCAAAGAGGCCGUCGUUUUUGGUCCGGCCUUACCGGCCGAGGUCAUAGCGCGCGAGAAAAUCAAAAAGUUCGAGGACCAAUUAGCCGCCAGUAUUAUCCAAGAUAUUGAGCGGGAAUUACCGCCCGAUUGGCACAACCACAUGGCCAAGGCCUUACAUCCCCGGCCCUUUCGGUGGAACAAGAAGGAACCGUGUUUGCCAGAAUGGAAGGCGCUGACUGAACAGAAAGCCUCGAACUCCGUGUCCCUCAUCUCCAGCUCCUACGGAGAUGACUCGGAGGAGGACGCGGACGCGGACGAUGACGACGACGAGCAGGCCCAAGAUGGCCCAGCCCAAGCGAUCCCCGUCCCGACCAAGGACCAGCGGAAUAAGGCGGGCCAGAAACGCAAGAUGUCCAUCAGGAUGAAAACCACCCCGUCUAAAGCCUCGCGAACCCAAUUGAAGCCAGUAUUGGAAGUGUUCCAGCAUGCCACCUCCUCCGAAAGUGAGGCGGAAGAAGGCGAGCAGGCGGAGAAUUCCCCCCAAAAGCCUGACGAAAAAUCCCGUAAAAAGGAGAUCAAGCGCGACGAGCAUGGUCGAAAAAUUUACGAAACGGGCACGGGAACUUCUUACAAGAAAUCGAUUGAUGACGUGGCGGAGGGCCUAUGUGAUAAACUCGAAGCCUUGGAAGUCGCCUCCAUUACCAUAUCGCCACUAAAGUUAUUAGCCGUCAGAGUAGAGACCCUGUUCCAAGCCUGGCAGAGUGGAGCCCUCACGCCCGGAUACAUGCAAAAGCUCUUGGGCGAGCUCAGCAGGCAAAUGCUCAACAUAGAAGCCACGGAGCUGGUGCCUCCCGGUUGGAAAACCAUUUGGAACAGUUCCGCUCGCAAGUACUCAUACGAAAAUCUCAUCACACGAGAAGUACAGUGGCAUCCACCGUCAGACACUACCGAAGCUCCAACCGAGGAUUGCUCCGACGACGUUCCAGAGAACACCACAAUAAACACAACCACACAAAAUCAUGCCCAACCAUCCUCACCUCGUCCCCUUGAUCCCACGCCCAUAGCGCCGCCAUUACCUCCAAGUGAGCCUACGCCACCACCGCUUCCGCCCAUCGUUCCACCUCCUCCCCCACCCCCUCCUGCCGAGGAAGUGGUCGAGGUCCACAUUGCGAAUGAUCAGGGGAUGGCCGACAUGGAGAUGUCGGACGAAGAUGACGCUGAUCCCGUUGACGAACGACCCAUCGAGGGUGGACCGGGUCGAGAGGUCAGCUUCACGGAUGAGUUGUCUACCUUCUACGCCUCACUAGGCGGUUCUUCGUCCCUGACCCAUGAGACUGCACCCACCCCACCUAGCCAUUCCCCCACUCCCCCAUCAAGGGUUGAGAGUCCACUCUCCAAUGAAGGAACCCAUUCCCCGACCCCCAAUGUUGGAGCAGGAGCCACCGCAAAGGAGGAAAGAAAAGUCAAAAAGAAGCGAACUCUAGCAUCAGGACUGUCUUUGAAGAAGAAAGGUGUGGAUAACUUGGUGGCCAAAUGGCAAAACAUUCAGAAUGAAGUGAAACGCUCACAAUAACCCAAUUGUUAUAUCAUUAGUAAUAGAAUUGACCAAUGUUCAAGUUUGUUUCUGGAGCUGGACGUUGAUGUUUGGUCACUCAGUGUAUUUGGGCCAACUUGUUCGAGCUAAUCUAUCUGCAGGGCUGCAAAUAAAUUCCAGAUCAAAAGAGA